AUGAUUCUUAAAGAAAAUGUAUCAGAAUAUCAACCAAAAUUGAUAAAAAAAAUAACGCUCACAUUGUGCUGGAUACUAACAUUUUUUGUUAGUGGAGUAGAAGUUAGAGAGAUUAAUUUGCCAGGAUGUUCCCAUGUUGAACCUCAAAUAUGGUAUCGUGCAAUUAAUGGUGAGGAGUUUGUUCUACAGUGUGCUUUACCAGACAGAGAUGCUGGUAGCAACAUUAAUAACAACUCACUUCUAAAUCAACCUAAGGUGAAAUGGUUCUGGCAUCAGAAAGAUAAAGAGACACUGAAGGCUAUCAAGGAAAGCUCAAACCUGGCUUUCCAAGGGGAUGCUCUUUGGUUUAAACCAAUAAGGGACAAUGCCUCUGGAGUGUACAUCUGUAAGAUAUGGAGAAACGUCCCAUGUCUCAAAAUUGUUUUGGAUGUUCAAACAAAGAAGGCAGCAAAAUGUUCAGGUUAUGACACAAAUAUCCUAUAUCUGCUUGCUGGCAGAGGGAAUUCAAUAACCUGUCCUGGGACAAAAUGUUACAGCCACAUAAAAAAGCCAGAUGUGAAAUGGUACAAGGAUGGUCACCAGAUAAAAUACAGGAAAACCAGGCCAAGUCUAAAACUUAAGCAGAAUGAAAUCUACUUGAAUCCAACCUAUGAUAAAGAUGCUGGAAUAUAUGUGUGUGAUUACACUCUGUCUGAUAACAUUACCAAGUGGACAGUGAGAACAACAGUAGCAGUAGAAGUCACUGCAAAAACCACUAUUCAUCCACCAAACCUUUUGUAUCCCAAUGGUGUUGUGAUCCUUGAAGUAGAAGUUGGCAAGCCACUUGAAUUGGAAUGCCGUGUACAGUUUGGGUUUGAAACAGUUUCCCCAAUGAGGGUGACAUGGAAACGAAACAUCAAAGAGAAUGUAAAUGAGAGACUGAGUCAGAAAACAAGUGUCUAUACAAGAGGUUUGAAGGGGCACACACUUCUUCAUGUUGCAACUUUGAAAGAAGUUACAGAAAAGGACCUCAGAAGUAACUUCACAUGCUUUGCUGAGAAUUCAGUGGGGAAUGCCAGUGCUGUGAUCCAGCUGAAACAAAAGCAGAGAGUGUUGUUAUUAUAUGUACUAUGCAGUGCCAUUUCUACUCUAUUUGCCUUUGUUCUGUGCACUGCCUUUAUUUACCAGCACUGGAUUGAAGUUGUGCUUAUGUAUCGAAGUUAUCUGGUCCACAACAAAAGUACAGAAGAUGGCAAGGAAUUUGAUGCAUUUGUGUCCUAUGCAAAACUAAACUCUUCUGAAAGUGACUCUGCAUUAAUUAGUGAGGAAAAAUUUGCCCUGGAGCUUCUUCCAGAUAUGCUAGAAAAUAAAUAUGGAUACAAAUUAUGUAUUCUUGAAAGAGAUAUUCUUCCAGGAGGAGCAUACACAGACGAAGUUGUAACAGCUAUUAAACAAAGCAGACGGGUAAUAAUUAUUUUGAGCCCAGCCUAUGUCAGUGGACCAAGCAUCUUUGAACUGCAGGCAGCAGUGAACUGUGCACUGGAAGAUAAAAGGAUCAAACUGGUAUUAAUAAAGUUCAAGGAUUUCCAAGAGCCAGAGACUUUGCCUCCAGUAGUGAAGAAAGCACUUCGGAUUUUACCGAUUGUGACCUGGAAGUCUUCCAUUUCUGCUGCUGCACACAGGAAGUUCUGGAAAUACAUGUGUUACCACAUGCCAAUGAAAACUACUAAGAGGCUGGGAAAUUACAGCCUGAAGGGCUUAUCCCAAAGGUUAUUCAGACUGGUAUAUUGAUAGGAGAAAUUUCACGGGGGGAUGACAUCAGGCUCAGGAAUGGUAACAUGAUUGCCAAAGAUGUUUUCUAUAUCAUCUCAUCACUGUGAACUGUCACUACAGUCAGCAAUAGCUGGCUCUGAAACAGUCAGGGGGACUGAAGUGUGAUAGUGCACAGUAAAACUGUGACAUGGCA